AUGUCUUGGAUAUUUGGAUACAGCCGGCCUCAGCAGCCGCCUCCAGAUGAGCCCCCCACAAACAGCGGCGAAUCUGCUGCUCCUCCUGUUACCCUAACGAAAGCGGAGAAAAAGGCUAUGGAAGCCUAUAGAUUUGACUCUAGUGCUUUAGAAAGGGCUGCUCAGGCUGCCCGUGAACUGGAAAGGUCAAAACAUGCAAAAGAUGCACUGGAACUCAGUAAGUUGCAAGAAAGCACUCGCCAGCAGGAGCAGAUGGCAAAGAUCAAAGAGUAUGAAGCUGCUAUUGAACAAUCCAAAGUUGACCAAAAACGUGUUGACUAUGAAGAACGACGGAAAACAUUACAGGAAGAAACAAAGCAGCAUCAAAUGCGAGCUCAGUACCAAGAUCAAUUGGCAAAGACUCGAUAUGAAGAGCAGUUGCUUCAACAUCAAAGGAACCAAGAUGAAAUUUUAAGAAAACAAGAAGAAAGUGUAGCAAAGCAAGAAGCAAUGCGUCGUGCCACCCUCGAACAUGAAAUGGAACUGCGUGAGAAGAACAAGCUGAAGGCCAUAGAAGCUGAGGCAAGGGCGCGGGCGAAGGCUGAUCGGGAGAACAGAGAUAUUACAUUAGAGCAGAUACGAUUGAAAGCGGCAGAAAAUAGGACUACUAUUUUGGAGAGUAUACAGACAGCGGGUAGUGUAAUAGGGACAGGAUUGAAUGCUUUGGUGACGGACUGGGAUAAGACGCUUGCAGCUGCCGGUGGUCUAUCCCUACUAGCUCUGGGAGUGUACACGGCUAGAGGCGCUACGUCGGUUGCUGCUAGAUUUAUUGAGGCUAGGAUUGGUAAACCAACACUAGUGAAUGAAACAUCAAGAUUCUCUUUGUUAGAAGCCGUCAAACAUCCAGUUUUGACAGUGAAGAAAGCCAUUUCCAGUUUUAAAAAGCCCUCAGACGCGUUGGCUGGUGUAGUUCUGGCUCCUACAUUGGAAAAACGUCUUAGAGACAUCGCCAUAGCCACCAAAAAUACUAAAAUGAACAAAGGUUUCUACAGGAAUCUACUCAUGUAUGGACCUCCUGGUACCGGUAAAACUUUGUUUUCUAAGAAAUUAGCGAAGCACUCUGGAAUGGAGUACGCCAUAAUGACAGGUGGUGAUGUAGCACCUAUGGGGAAGCAUGCGGUCGCUGCCAUACACAAAAUGUUCGACUGGGCCAAUACCAGUCGGAAAGGUGUACUUUUAUUCAUCGAUGAAGCAGACGCGUUUCUACACAAGCGUUCUUCAGCACAAAUAAGUGAGGAUCUUCGAGCUGCACUCAACGCUUUCCUCUACCGUACAUCAGAUCAAAGCAGUCGUAUCAUGUUGGUACUUGCUUCCAACACACCUCAACAGUUUGACUCGGCCAUUAACGACAGAUUAGAUAAGAUGAUCGAGUUUGGUCUGCCAGGAUUCGAGGAGAGAGAACGUUUGAUUAGAUUGUACUUUGACAAAUUUGUGCUACAACCAGCUUCGGAGGGAAAACGGCGUCUGAACGUUGACCAGUUCGAUUAUGGCGCUCUAUGUACCAAUCUGGCUGCUCGCACUGCGGGUAUGUCGGGCCGGGCGCUGUCCAAGCUGGGCGUGGCGUGGCAGGCGGCGGCCUACGCCUCCGAUAACGGCACACUCACCGAGCAGAUGUGCAUUGAUAUAUGUGAUGAUGCUGUGCAGGAUCAUAGGCAGAAGAUGGAAUGGCUAUCAGCUGAGGAGAAGACUAGGAGCAUGAUGCCAUAUUUAUUGGAUUUACCACCUCUUGAUGAGCCCAAGGAGAAGGUACACAAAGCUACCAUCACAGAAAUUGAAGAUGAAACAAAUGUUAAGGAAGCAAAGGUCAAGUCAGCCAAGAAGAAGUCCAAAGAAAUGGAAUCGGACAAG